CCGAGCCGGCCCCCGGAACCACAUGUGACCUACGAAGGUGGAAGGACUCUUAAGGAUGCUUCCCGGCCAGAAAGAAGGAGAGGAGGAGGAGGGGGACGAGGAAGAGGUGGUAGCGACACCCCUGAGCGGCAUGGCUCAGCCUCAGGCGGUUCCCUGCCCGGCGGUGCCCCCAGAGGGAUUCUCGGGCUCGGAGCAGCGGAACUCCACCGCGGCGAAGCCAAAGCCCCUCAGCUUGGAGGAAGUUCUUAUAGCCAAGCCAGGGAAAACACCAAUUCAGCUGUUACAUGAGUACGGCACAAAGACUAACGUCACUCCUGUGUAUGAGUUUGAAAAAGCCGAGGGACAAGUGCAUCUUCCUGUCUUCACCUUUAAAGUUACCCUGGGUGAAAUAACUGGGACAGGAGAAGGUCCCAGCAAGAAAAUUGCAAAACACAGAGCUGCAGAAGCUGCACUGAACAUUUUAAAAAGCAGUUCUAAGAUUUGUAUUUCUAUGCCAGACCACAUAAUGCCUGAAUCUUGCAAUCAAGCACAGAAUCAGACCAAUCCUGUAGGAUCGUUGCAGGAAAUGGCUAUUCAUAAGGGAUGGAGACUUCCUGAGUAUUCACUUGCACAGGAGAUCGGACCGCCACAUAUGAGAGAGUUUACAAUGACCUGCAGAGUAGAAACAUUUGUAGAAACAGGGACGGGGACAUCUAAAAAAUUAGCAAAGCGAAAUGCCGCUGAGAAAUUACUUGCUAAAUUCCACAGUUUGUCUGGAGACAGUAUCAAUAUUUCUUUAGGAAAUGAACAGAGACAUAACUUGGGAUGUACUUGGGAUACCCUUAGGAACUCUUCUGGAGACAAAAUUACACUGCUGAAGAGGAACCCCCUCAGUGUUCUUAAUACAGAUUAUGUCCAACUCCUUGGCAAAAUUGCAGAAGAACAAGGUUUUAAUACAACAUAUCUGAAUAUAGAGGAGCUGAGUGUGAAUGGACAAUACCAGUGUCUUGCAGAACUUUCAACCAAUCCAAUCACAGUUUGCCAUGGGACUGGAAUCUCCUGGGGCAAUGCCCACAACAAUGCUGCUCACAAUGCACUACAAUAUUUAAAAAUCAUGGCCGGAAGGAAAUGAUCUUCAAACAGAGGAAAACAUUCAGAGCCGUUUAGAAGUCACAUCACACAACCUAUCUAUAACUUAUCUGUUGUGACAGAACAAUAAUUUAAAUCCAUAACUGCAGGGUUUUCAUUUUGGAUCGUUUGACUCAGGAAGCCUAGCUACCUGCAUAGGUGCAAUCAUGCAGUGAGACACAACAUUUGGCUUUCUAGGAUGGGAUCUGAUGUGUGUGUGUGUCUCAGAAUCCUGGGGGGGUCAAACCUAGACAUUGCCCUAAACAGAUGGUUGUUCCCCCAUAGCCAUGUAUGUGGUUUCUUCUCCCCUUUUCUGUACACUUUUACAUUGUGAAUUCACAACAUUCUACAUUUCUUAUCUUCCUCCCUCCUCUGUCAGCAACAGGAGGGCCACAGAGAAAUAAGGAAUUAAGGUAAUUUUUUGCCAUGUGUUAUGGAGGGGAGGGGAGAACUAGGUGUGGCAACAUUUCUGGUAGUGGCGAUGUGUUUAGAAUAAUGUCUCCUUGAUCCUCAGAAUGCAUUGCUCCCAAAGGCCAGGAGCAGGACCUGAGAUUUUUGCACAUCCCCUUCCACUUGAAAGUACUCCGACACGCUUGAGUUCCCCUGUUGCAUUUUUCCUCCUUUCUUCCUCCAUUUCAUUUUCCGUAUUCUGGGAAAAGGGACAUUUUGCAAUCAGAAUAAAUUCCAAUUAAGCUUGAUUAGGCAGAAACUAUUCAUUUGUUGCUAUAUGUUCUGAUUAUGUCAUUUUGGUUUUCUGGUUACUGAGUUGGGACAUGGGGGAGUGUUUAGCACAGAACUGAAGAAAGUUCAGCUUUAGAAUCAUAAACGAGCUUUGAGCCUACGCUGCAUAUGUACUAAAGUUUACAGACUCCAUAUGAAAACUUCCGUACAUAUAAUAAACUGAAACCAAAGUUGCUGGUAUCUGAAACUCCCCAAGAAAAUUAUUAUGAGAGCUUUACGUGAUGGCCAUGGCAUAUUAUGUAUUUUUCUGGUUUUCGGAAUUCUGUCUCAUUGUGUGAACUGUGGCUUUUUUAAACCUAUGGUUUGAGAAAUGGAUUUUAUAGAAAUAAUGACAUUAAACAUCA